AUGUUGACGUCAUUCUGGAUGAAAGCCAAAGCAAGAAAGCUACAGACUCCAUAUGGAUGUUGGCUAUUACUCGUUUAUCAACAUUAUAAUUUGAUCAUGAAUGUUAAUAAUUAUCAUAAUGAUAAUGAUGAUGAUGAUUCGAUUGAUAUCAAGGAUGAUGAUAGUGAAUCAUCGCGUAAAAAUUUCAAUCGUCUCAGUGUAUUUUGUAAAUUUGUUAAACGACGAAAGGAUGAUGGAAAAAUACAAUCAUCAUGUAAUCAUCAUCAUCAAUUGGCCAACUCAUUACCAAAUGGAUCAAUUAAUGAAAAUAAAAUUUCAAUGGAUAAUCAUCAUCAAUUCAUUGAAAUGGAAAAAUAUGAUGAGGAACAGAAUAAGACAAUAUCGAAAUAUCGUUUUAGUGUUCCAAAAAAGGAUUAUGCGAUACUACGUCAAUCUCGGGAACAUCAGCUGGAGAUUGUUGCUGCAUUUGAUAGACAUAUGGAUCCUUAUAAGCAAUAUAUGCAAUCAUUGUUAUGCUAUGAUUUAGCACCAGUUCAUGGAUCAACUGUGCUAAUUGAUGGUGAUCUACCGAUGCGCAAAUCAUUGCUAGCUCUUUAUCAAUCGGGACAUGAUGCAGCUAUGGUAAUCAAUUCAACUGUACAUCAUCCGAUAGGUAUGAUAACUGUUACCGAUUGUCUUCGUGCAAUCAUCUUAACACUCAAUAUCGAUUCUGAAAUAAGUGAUCGUCCGGUUUGCGAUUUCAUCAGAAUAUAUGGCAAGAAAAAAUUUAUCACUGCAACUGUUAAUAUGUCUGUUUGGGAUGCAGCUAGAUUGUUUUGCCUCAAUCAUGUUCAUCGUAUACCCAUAUUUCAAACAGAAGAAAAUGAUCUAUUCACUGAUAUUCUCUAUAUGUUAUCAUUACGACGAAUUUUCGAUGAAACAAUUAUCAAAUUGAUAGAGCCAAGUUUUUCAUUAGCACCACAUUUAAAGCAUCGAACAUUACUCGAUUCCGGUAUUGGUACAUGGACGAAUAUUGUUACGAUUACAACUAGCGCGUGUUGUGGUGAAGUAAUUGAUAAACUGAUAACAGGGAAAUUAUCAUGUAUUGCUGUAGUUAAUGAGCAUAAUAUGUUGCUCGGAAAAAUCAGCAAAAAUGAUAUUAUGCAUGAGCUUGCAAAACAUUUCAAUAAUUAUUUAGAAAUUGUCAAUGUACCUGUUAAGAAUGUUUAUCGUGUUCCACCGUUUGGUCGUCCAACUCAUACUGUCUACGAAGGAAUUGCUUUAUUGUUAUCAUCUAAUGAUCAAUGUUUAUUUAUUGUUGAUUGUAAUCAACAUGUUAUGGCUGUUGUUGCAUUUAUCGAUAUUAUGGAUUAUAUUAUGAAUUCAGGUGGUAUUUAUCAAGAAAUCAAUGUUAGCUAA